AUGACGGCACGAAUUCUCCGUAAUGAAGCCAGCUACGACGAGAUGCGCACUGCGGACCAUGGGUACAUAAUAAUUAUCCUUCUUAUCGUUGUGUUAUUAUUAUUAUUCUUAUUAUUAUUAUUAUUAUUAUUAUUAUUAUUAUUAUUAUUAUUAUUAUUAUUAUUAUUAUUAUUAUUAUUAUUAUUAUUAUUAUUAUUAUUAUUAUUAUUAUUAUUAUUAUUAUUAUUAUUAUUAUUAUUAUUAUUAUUAUUAUUAUUAUUAAUUAUUAUUUAUUAUUAUAACGGUACGGUAGCUGGGUAA